AGCAUUAGCAGUAUUAUUUACUACCUGACGCUCCCCUCCAUAAACUCUCUUCUUCCCUCCUUCUCCUCGACAUCACCUUUUGACCUACAACCUCAUUCACUCGUACCUCGCAUCGAAAUCAUGUCGCUGUCUAACAAGCUCUCCAUCACUGACGUUGACGUCAAGGGCAAGAGGGUCCUCAUUCGAGUCGACUUCAACGUCCCUCUCGAUGCCGACAAGAACAUCACCAACAACCAGCGAAUUGUCGGUGCCCUCCCCACCAUCAAGUACGCCCUCGAGAAUGGCGCCAAGUCCGUCAUCUUGAUGUCCCAUCUCGGACGCCCCAACGGCUCCCCCAACGAGAAGUACUCCCUCAAGCCCGUUGUCCCCGAGCUUGAGAAGCUUCUCGGCAAGAAGGUCACCUUCGCUCCUGACUGUGUCGGUCCCGAGGUUGAGGAGAUCGUCAACAAGGCUGAGGAUGGCGCCGUCAUUCUCCUCGAGAACCUCCGAUUCCACAUUGAGGAGGAGGGCUCUUCCAAGGAUAAGGAGGGUAACAAGACCAAGGCCGACAAGGCUCAGGUUGAGGCUUUCCGAAAGGGUCUGACUGCCCUUGGUGAUGUCUACAUCAACGACGCUUUCGGCACUGCUCACCGUGCUCACUCUUCCAUGGUUGGUGUCGACCUCCCCCAGAAGGCCUCCGGUUUCCUCGUCAAGAAGGAGCUCGAGUACUUCGCCAAGGCUCUCGAGGAGCCUCAGCGCCCCUUCCUCGCCAUCCUCGGUGGUGCCAAGGUCUCCGACAAGAUCCAGCUCAUCGACAACCUCCUUGACAAGGUCAACACCCUGAUCAUCUGCGGUGGUAUGGCCUUCACCUUCAAGAAGACCCUCGAGGGUGUCUCCAUCGGUAACUCUCUCUUCGACGAGGCUGGCUCCAAGACCGUCGGCAACCUCGUUGAGAAGGCCAAGGCCAAGGGCGUCAAGCUCGUCCUCCCUGUUGACUACAUCACCGCCGACAAGUUCGACAAGGACGCCAACACUGGCUACGCCACCGACAAGGACGGUAUUCCCGACGGCUGGCAGGGUCUUGACUGCGGCGAGGAGUCCGUCAAGCUCUACAAGGAGGCCAUCGCCGAGGCCAAGACCAUCCUCUGGAACGGUCCCGCCGGUGUCUUCGAGUUCGAGAAGUUCGCCAGCGGCACCAAGGCCACCCUCGACGCCGUAGUCGACGCUGUCCAGAAGGACGGCAAGAUUGUCAUCAUCGGAGGUGGUGACACCGCCACCGUCGCCAAGAAGUACGGCGUCGAGGACAAGCUCAGCCAUGUCUCCACCGGCGGUGGUGCCAGCUUGGAGCUCCUCGAGGGCAAGGAGCUGCCCGGUGUUACCGCUCUGUCGAGUAAGUAAAUAAUAUCCACACCUGUUGGAGUACGAUGUAUAUGAACCUGUUGAUGACGGGCUAUGAAAAUGGAAAAAGGUCGGGCGGGAAGGGCUAGUCUGUAGCAAAGACUGAACAGAUCAAAUAAUUAAAUACCAAAUACCAAUAGAGGCGCGAAAGCGCUAUAAAAACAUUACCUACGCUUGAAGCUAUAAAAUUGCAAUUUGUGCACUAGUGACAGGACUUUUGAUUGUGGAAUCUGGAACUGUUGCGGAUGCAGAUGCUAUUGUGAACGUUGAAAUGCCCCAAAAUCGCCC